GUUCGUAGUAAGGUUGGUACAUUCUCACGUGGAUAACUUACAUAACACAGGUACUAUAAACGACUUGACUUUGGUCCAUUUCUAAAAAAUGGCUGGCAUUACACCGCAGGCUUGCAAAAAUGUGUUUCGGCAAAUUAGAGGAUUUCAUAUUUCUGCAAAUCAAAAUGCUGAAGCCAGAUUAAAAACUUUUGCUGUGUAUCGUUGGAAUCCAGAUAAACCUGAUGAGAAACCACACAUGCAAAAAUAUAAAGUAGAUUUAAACACUUGUGGUCCUAUGGUUUUGGAUGCAUUGAUUAAAAUUAAAAAUGAGAUUGAUCCAACUUUAACUUUUCGUCGUUCUUGUCGUGAAGGCAUUUGUGGUUCUUGUGCUAUGAAUAUUGGUGGUACAAAUACAUUGGCAUGUAUAAGCAAAAUUGAUACCAACUUAAAUUCAACUAGUAAGAUAUAUCCACUACCACAUAUGUAUAUAGUAAAAGACUUGGUACCAGAUCUGAAUAAUUUUUAUAAUCAGUAUAAAAGUAUUCAACCAUGGUUGCAACGUGGUGAAGGGAAGGAAACUGGGGCGAAGCAAUAUUUACAAAGUGUUGAAGACCGCAAAAAAUUGGAUGGUCUCUAUGAGUGCAUCUUAUGCGCUUGCUGCAGUACUGCUUGCCCAUCAUAUUGGUGGAAUGGUGAUAAAUAUCUAGGACCGGCUGUACUUAUGCAAGCUUAUAGAUGGAUUAUUGAUUCACGUGAUAACAAAGCAAACGAACGUCUUGAAAAAUUACGGGAUCCAUAUUCAGUAUAUCGUUGUCAUACUAUUAUGAAUUGUACUCGUACUUGUCCAAAGGGCUUAAAUCCUGGAAAAGCAAUUGCAGAAAUAAAGAAAUUAUUAGCCAAUAUUGGACAGAAAGAGAAACCUGACCUUAAUGCUGCUGUAUAAAUAAAGGAAAAAGGAUUGAAAUUAGUAAUUUAUAUGUACUUCUCGUUUAUUAUUAAAUAUAAGGAUAUGUUUGAUUAGAUGUAAACGAAUAAAUAGUUUAUUUAAAUUAUUUGAUAAAACAGUACAUAGCUGAAACCAAAUUUUUUAUAACAAGUAUGGUUUAUUGUAAAUAAAAUUCAAAUCCCUUCUAAUAUAAAUAA